GAACCGAAACCAGCUGUUCGGUGUUCGGUGGAAAAAAAAAAGUGCUUAAAAAGGCAACGGUCAGUUGAAGAGUAGAUCAAGUAACUUGUAGUACGUUUUAAGGAAAUUCCCCUUCAAAAGCCACCAUUUCUAUAAGCAGAGACCACGCAAAUUGAGGACGAUGAGGCUUUCGAUUCUAUCGUUCUUGCUUCUCUCGACGGUGACGUAUGGUAUUCCUGCACCUCGUUUUAUGCUUGAUGGAUUAUCUGGAACUGGAAGCAGCAAUUUCUUAACCACUGAAGAGCUCUGGUUCAAUCAGACUCUAGAUCACUAUUCUCCAUAUGAUCAUCGUCGGUUUUUUCAGAGGUAUUAUGAAUUCCUGGACUAUUUCAGAGUUCCAGAUGGACCCAUAUUUUUGAAAAUUUGUGGUGAAUCUUCAUGUUCUGGCAUAGCCGAUGACUACACCAGUGUUUUGGCUAAAAAGUUUGGAGCAGCUAUUGUUUCACUUGAGCAUCGAUACUAUGGUAAAAGCUCGCCCUUCAAAACAUCAGAAACAGAGAAUUUGAGAUAUCUUUCAUCUAAACAAGCGCUCUUUGACUUGGCUGCCUUUCGUCAGCAUUAUCAGGAAUCCCUAAACCUGAAGCUGAAUAGAACAAAUCUUGACAAUCCUUGGUUUGUUUUUGGGAUAUCUUACUCUGGAGCUCUCAGUGCAUGGUUUCGUCUUAAGUUUCCUCAUUUAACAUGUGGAAGUCUUGCAAGUUCUGCUGUUGUUCUUGCUGUUUACAAUUUCACUGAAUUUGAUCAGCAGAUUGGCAAGUCAGCUGGUGCUGAAUGUAAAGCUGCAUUACAAGAAAUCACUCGACUUGUUGAUGAAAGGCUGGCAUCAAACAGCAAUGCAGUAAAAACAUUAUUUGAGGCUGCUGAGCUUGAGAUUGAUGGUGAUUUCCUGUAUUUCCUGGCAGAUGCAGCUGUUACUGCAUUUCAAUAUGGGAAUCCAGAUAAGCUAUGCACUCCUCUUGUUGAAGCAAAGAAGGCUGGAGACGAUUUAGUGGAAGCUUAUGCCAAAUAUGUUAAAGAAUACUUCGUUACAAGCUUGGGUGUUAGUGUCCAAACAUAUAAUCAAAAAUACUUGAAAGGCACUGCUGUUGUUGAAAAUUCUUCAGAUCGGUUAUGGUGGUUCCAAGUUUGCACUGAAGUUGCAUAUUUUCAAGUUGCACCCUCAAAUGAUAGUAUUCGCUCCUCAAAAGUUGACACAAGAUACCAUUUGGAUUUGUGCAAGAAUGUCUUCGGGGAGGGCAUCUAUCCUGAAGUUGAUGUAACAAAUUUAUACUAUGGUGGCACAAAGAUUGCAGGCUCCAAAAUUGUUUUUACCAAUGGCUCCCAAGAUCCCUGGCGUCAUGCAUCAAAACAGAUCUCAUCACCUGACAUGCCCUCCUACAUAAUCACUUGCCAUAAUUGUGGGCAUGGGACUGAUUUGCGAGGUUGUCCGCAAUCUCCUUUAAGCCCUGAAGGUAAUGCCCAGAACUGCAGUUCUCCAGAUGCAGUUCAUAAAGUAAGGCAGCAAAUUGUUGAACACAUAGACUUGUGGCUAUCACAGUGCCAUUCAAGUGGUAGGAGUUACAUAUAGUGUCCUAUUUAGAGCAACGAUGCAUAGAGGUUUCUGAAUUGGUCAGUUAACUAACCUUUGCUCUCAUGUAUUAACUUCUCAACCGAUGUUAAGUAGCUCAUCGAUAAUAAGGCAUUGCGAGUUUGAGUUGUCGUUUUGUAUAUUCCUCGACUUCCUUAUUUUCAGUUAUCUUUUAUUUUGUUUUGCCCUUUUUCUGUAUAAUUUAAAUGCCAAAAAUCUAUGGUUUGUAAAUAUCUCGUUUGUAAAUCUAAAAAAAUUGAAAUCCGUUUGUUUUUA